UCAGUUGGAUCAUAACACUCCUCUGGUACGGACGUGUUGCGGGGAAGUGCUCCGUGAUAUUUGAUCUUUAAAUAACGAUACAUAAUAGAAAUUUACCAGCUCGAGUCUUACGGUUCACUUAGUUCGAUUGCAAGAUGAAAAAUAAAUUGUGGAACGAAAAUAUGUGUAUAUAAUAGAAAGUAAUAGAAUGUACGGAUUUAGUUGAGUAAACGAAAGUUUUAUAGGUUAAUUUUAAUCUUGAGAUCCAAAGUGUUUGAACGAUAUCAAUCAAUGGGAUUGAUGAUAAGAGAGUAACUUUUAGAGUCAUUGUGGCACAGUGUUGUGAUAACUUAUUAGACAAGCUUGUCCAAAUAAUUACCAGUUCUAUGUGUGUGUUGCGUCUUCGUUGGCGUAAACAAAGGGAAAUUAUGUACGGAGUAUAAAGGGAAUUAGAGACGAAGAAUGUAAACAGCUAAAAAGAACAAAUUAUUACUGAUAAACAUUGGUUAUAUACUGGUGAUAAGGAAUGAUAAGUUUUGUUGCUUUUGAAAAGAAAAAAACAGCACGGAAUGUUAUGAAGAAAUUUAACUGAAGGAAAUUGUAUGAUUCCGGGUACUGUGUUACAUGGGCAUCAAAGGAUUCGCUUCGAUAGACUCCACCGACAAAGUUCGCGAAAUCGAAGUGACAAGUCGGUAGGCGGAUAAGGAAGGAAUCAUGGGGAUAAGAUGGCAUUGCAUUUGGAUCCUUAGAUUUGCUGCUAUUUUUCUUCUAUGCAUCAGCCAGUGAUCUUCACCGGCACUAGAGGAGUUUCAACAAUGUCUUUGAACGCGGGUGCCAAUAAAUGGGCCUCCAGGGCCGUGGUAGUACUGCAGUUGGCUGCCUGGAGUGCGGUCGGUGUUGUACUACUUCAGAAGGGCGUGAGUUCUUUGCAGAAAGUUCAGGAGCCGAGGAACAGUACCCUCGAGAGCAAUGCGACGACCAUGGAAAUAUUGAAAAUGGUCAAAUUGCAAGAGGAUGACGACCAGCUUGCUGUAAUACCAAUUGCUGUGAGCGAUAAUACGCGAAAUUCUGAGAGUGAUGAUAAACUUGGAAAUUUUGAAAAAAAUACAAAUAGUAAUUGGGGACAGAGUUUCGAUUCGAUGGAACUUGCGAAUUUUGAAACGUCUUUAAAAACGAGGGAUUCGUCGAAAGGCAUGAGAGGUUCCGCUAGGAAAAAUUCGAAUUCUUUUUCUGACUUUAACGAUCAAUCCAACAGAAAUUUUAUAAAUUCCGACCAGUCUACGUCCGUGCAAAGCAGUGAAAAUGUGUCAAAACAAGAAACGCACGACAAUGAAGACAAUACCGAUAAAAAGGACCCUGAUAUUUCACAGAAUUCAAAUUCCUCGGAAACCAAUAAUAAACGAGUUCCAGUGGAUGAUGAAAUCAUGAGAAAAUUCCACCAAGAAAUAACUAAAAAAACGGAAGAGAAUCGUUUGAAUUCACCAAUUAUCUCACACAAAGUGGAUGUUUUGCAAGAUUCGGGAAUCGCGGAUAUCCCACAAUCGUACAAAAAUGAAAAUCAAGAUAGUAAUGAUGCUGAAUCGAAUUCUAAAGAAAGUCAAUCGGUUAUGUCUGAAACAAGGAAAGAAAAUUCAUCCUGGGAAUCAAAAAGGAAGUAUCGAGUGACGAAGUUGAGCAGCGGCGGCGCUGCUGCUGCAGUUGCAAUGGUUGCCGUUGGUACGGUGAUGCUGGUGCUUGGUCCAGUAGUGAUUAUUUUAAGGGCUCUCGAUGAGAGACGUCAGGAACGCAGAUUUCUUAAAUUGUCUGGACAGGAUGAUUUGCCGCCGAGUUACGAACAAGCGACGCUCAUGGACGAAGCGCCGCGGUACUCGACGCUUUCUUUGAAUACAAUUUUUGGCCCACCGCCACCGCCAUCGCCAACACCAGCAACGUCUGCCAGAAGUCAUGCGGUCUGAUUUCAAAGUUCAAAAUGCAUAGUGCACAGUUCGUAUCGUGAAUCCUAAAAAAAAAAUCAAUGGUUCCUUCGAUAAGACAAAAUUUUUUAAUUGAAAUGUCAUAGACAGAGUUCUUAUGAUAAUGAUAUGAACAUGUCGUUAAAAGCGAAUGAUUCUUUCUCUUUGAAAAAUCUAUGACAAGUAUUAAAUAAGGGAAAUUUUUAAUGAAUGUCGGUGAAUAGUGAGUGAACAAAGUUUAAAUGUAAAAAUGACGUGAUGCAAUUUAAUUGUAGUUUACGAAAUGCCAUAUGGUGGACUAUGAUGACCUUUGUAAACUGCCAAUAUUUUCAUUGGGUCAAUUAACUAGUAGCGGGUCAAUGAAGAAUACAGUUGCAUGUAAUUCAAGGAGAGAUUUCGAGUAUACCCAAGAACUGAUAUAACGGGUGUACCAUUUAUUAAUUUUUCUCUCAAGCGAAAUAAAUAAUUCGUUAUCUCAGACCAGUCGGCAAAUAAUCUUUUUCUCAUAUUCAACACAGAUAUCCUAGAGUAGAAGUUUAAACUUUAAACUGUUAUAAAGGCGUUGACUAUCUUCAUUCGUAAUUAUCGUCAAUUGACCGUUUAAUUGACCUCGACACUUUGCCGAAUCAAGUGAGGCCACCCUUUAUAUCCGGUAAUCGAAUAAUUAUUGCAUAGAAUGCAUUGAAAUAUGACUGCAAUCUUACAAAAAGGACUUGAGUCCGUCCAUAUAGUUUAAAAAAAUAAAGUUGUUCUUUUGAAUCAUACAUUACCUAGUUAUUGUUUUCGUAUUCGUUAUUGCUUUUGCAUUUGUGUAUGCUACGUCACUUCCGUUGGAUUCGAGUUGAGAAUUACGAAAUUACAAAAUACAACGGGUGACUAUAUUUAUUUUAGCCGGUGCAUCAUCUCAGCCAUUUCUCUAAAUAGAAUAGCAGCCACGUGCAAUGAUUUCAUUCUCGCAUUUUUUUAUACUCUCUCUUUCGCCUCCAUUGAUGAAAUCAAGAAACUUGAGUAUGUUAUUGUUAUUGUUGAUUUUUUUUUCAUUUAUUUUACUCUGUCUGAAAUUCUAAAAAAAAAAAAUUAUUCUGUUUUCUAAAACAAUCUUAUUGAAGUAUGAUUAUUCUCUUUAUGCUUAGCAGAUAUACAUACACUUCUAACGAUAUUUCCACGAUUCUUUGGAUUCUUAAUGGACGCCGAGUAUUCUCCAAAAAUGUCUGAUGUAAAUAAUCGAACGUUUCCAAGCAUACAAUUUACGAAAAGAUGUAAUAUCUAAAGUACACCUAACUAGUCUGUAAUAUAUAUACAUAUAGCAACUUUCUAUAUUUAUAUAACGAUGAGUUUUCUAGCGAGCUAGGCCAGAGAGGGCCUCAAGGAAGUGCAUAAAUAUGUAACAUAAAAAGAAGAAAAAUCAUGCAUAGAUGAUGUACAAAAAAACAACUAAUAAAAUAGUUAUAAAAUUA